AUGGAAAGUCGAAACGAGAAGAAUCAGGAAGAAUGGCUCUCUCUCCAGCUGCGGCUCGAAUCGCACUCUGAGAACCGACUGUUUCUCAGAAAAGAAGUCAAAAAAGCCAAAAGCCUUUGCGACAAAAUAUUGAUGGUUGGUUUUUAUUGACGUAUUCCUUUGAAAUUCGUGAGAAUAAAAUUGUAUGAAGUAAACAUGCACAGGAGGCAUUAAAUUGAAUUCCUUGCUGGAAUGAUAACGGAAAGGAUUAGAAGCACAAGAAAAAUCAUACUGGAGGUGAUCAGAAAACAGUUUUUUGGCAAAUCUAAACAACUUUUAUUCAAUUCUAGAGCAUAGGCGUUCCGAAGGUUGAUCAUGAGAUGAUGAGAGCCGGGCUGGGAGAAGGAGAUGUGAGGAACAGAGACGACAGAGGCUUCGUUUUCGAAGACAAUAGCAACGACGGAGAGAGCCAGCCAAAGCCCCAACACCGUCCUGAACCCAAAGCGAUGAUCUACACGGUUCAGAACUUGAAGUUUUCCCCCAUCUAGAGAGUGAUCUGAUAAUGGAAAUAACUGAGAGGUAGUGCAUGUGGAGUUAUUUAGUUUCUCAUUACAGAAAUCAGCGAGCAUUCAAGCCUAUUUUCGAAAGUUUACCAACUACCAACGUGUUAGGAGAUGAAUUUUAUUUGAUUUUCUUGUAUCGCCAAGUUUUUUCAUGGCCUCAAAAAAUUUUCUUUCUAAUUUAACUUUUUUUCCUUACUGCUUUGCACCUUCUCACAAAAUAUGAAUAAAAAUGCGACUAUUUUCAGAAAACCAUCAGAGAAAAGCAGGCAGAUCUGAAAAAAGAGCUGCAGAUUUACCGCGAUGAGUUGCAUGCGGCAAUCAAGAUCAUGCAUUGUUCCGAGAGGAAGUCAAAAAAGAAAAAUGAAGUAAAAGAAACCGGAAUUCACUACUCGCAAAGUGAGAUGAAGUCGACGAAGGCCUGGGGCUCGAUGUUGGCGCGAGUUCUUGUCGAAAGGCAAAAUUUCGCCAAGCAGUUUUACGUCAAUAACUCUCUCAAAGUGGCUCGUUUUUGUUUAACUUUCAUUUUCGGAAAAUAUCUCGAUAUUAUUAUUUUUUGCAUUGCAGAAGCGAGAGUUCCGAGAAGGCAUAAGGAAGACAAAUGAGCUGACGGAGAUUGUCGAGAAGUAUGAAAAGGACGACGCUAUUGCAGACCAAGUCUCCCGCUCGGAAGAGGUCCAGUUGAAAUCCUAUAAUAUUUUAGUUUUCGAUGUUUAAUCAAACUUUGUUCGAGCGUACCAAUAACACUUUUUGACACAUCAAAUUGUUGAAUUUGAGCUUAAUCAAACCAGUUUGAGCCUUUAUAGCUAAAAGUAACAUUUCGCAAAUAUCUAGCCGAUGCACGGCAUGAGCCUUCGAAAAACUUCUUGGCGCGCUGAGACUGAAGAAAGUAUGGCUGGCGGAGAGCGCAGACAUUGUCACGUUUUUGGCGUCCCGAGCCAGCCGUGA